AUGACCAUGAGCUCCGUCACCGAGAGCUUAUUGGGCUCCGACCCAUCCAAAACUUCUUUCCUGGAGCUCGGCCACCCCUCUCCUCCGCAUUACCCGCUGCACGGCCUCCACCCCGCCGGCCACCCCCAGCACGACCCGUCGCCCUUCUCCUCCUACAGCCGGCCCGGUUCCUAUCCUUACCCCGGCGGUCCUCCCCCCCCGCCCCACGGCAGCCCCUACCUGCCCUACCCGCCCCAGCAUCCCCCGGCCGGGCUGGCCCACGGCGCCGGGCUGCAGGACGCAGAACCCAACAAGCCUCCGCCAGUGGCCAACGGCGAGCUGCGCCUCAACGGCAAGGGGAAGAAGCUGCGCAAACCACGCACCAUCUACUCCAGCCUGCAGCUGCAGGCCCUCAACCAACGCUUCCAGCAGACCCAAUACCUGGCGCUGCCCGAGCGCGCUGAGCUGGCGGCCCAGCUGGGGCUCACCCAGACCCAGGUCAAAAUCUGGUUCCAGAACAAGCGCUCCAAGUACAAGAAGAUCAUGAAGCAGGGCUCGAGCGCACCCGAUGGGGAGCAGCACCUGCACACCUCCUCCUCGCUGUCCCCAUGCUCCCCCAGCAUCCCCCCGCUCUGGGACAUCCCUGUGCCGGGCAAAGGGCCCCCGCUGCCCCCCAGCAACUACAUCAGCAGCUUUGGAGCCUGGUAUCAGCCUCACCCUCAGGACUCCGUGCCCCGUGGUCCCAUGAUGUGA